GAAAGAAAAAGGAGAGAAGUUAGAAGCUUCCAGACCAGAGUUUGUGGAAUGUUACUCUAUUCCACUGUAAUUCCCACUGGGAGAGUAAAUCCUAAAAUAUCACCUUUUCCCUGAAGAUUUUCCUGAUUUCCCUUUUUCCUAAAAACAAGCUCUGCUCUUUCCCGCCUUCAGCUGUCCGCAUCGCUGUUCCUACAUUUCUCCUGGGGGACCUCCCCUAAUUUAUCUUGUGCGAUAGCCGGUCGUGUUCUUAUUUCUUUCUUGUUUACCUUGAUCAGGCUCCACCAUCAAAAAAAGCUCUAAGUGCUUUGAGCCAAUUGGUUCAUUCAGUUCUCACAGCGAUCCUACAGGGUGCCUCCUAUUGUUGCUCCAUUUUGUAGAUGCGGGUUAGGAAAGAUGACUUACCUUUUCUAAGACCAACUCUUAGAAAGAGAAUCGGGACGCAGACCCAAGCAGCCUAACACUGGACCGCCACCUCCUACGUUUCUUUCCUCUUCCAAGAUGGGAGAGCUAAGAAGGGAAAAGUGCUGCUUGAUUUUUUACUUACUCUGUUUACUUAAAUUCUUGCAUCAUUUCCUAAUGAUAUGUAUUUAGCCAGGAGGAAGCCCAUCUUAUUUUUAUCUAUAUGUGUUUACCUACCGAUGAGGAUAACUAAAUUUUUCAUACCAAAUUUGAAUGAUUAGCAAAGAACCAUAUAAAGCAAUAUGAAUUGCUUUUUGCAAGCCCUCUCCUUCUCUCAGUGGGCUGAAAACCACACUAUUGCUUCCUCUUUAUCUCGUUAGAGCACAACGUUUGUCAGUCGGCGCCCGGGCACCUUCAGUAACACCGCCAGGAAAGAUCCGUACUCGUUCAAAUGGCACGCUUCCCACUUGUGGCAUCUUUUUUUCUCUUUCUGACUAAGCUCAGCAUUGGCCAGAGAGAAGUAACAGUUCAGAAAGGACCGCUCUUUAGAGCUGAAGGUUACCCUGUCAGCAUCGGCUGCAAUGUAACUGGCCACCAGGGACCCUCAGAGCAGAAUUUCCAGUGGUCUAUUUACCUGCCAACAGCGCCAACCCAGGAAAUCCAGAUCAUUAGCACCUCGGAUGCCACCUUCUCUUAUGCAAUGUACACGCAGCGAGUGCAAAGCAGGGAAAUCUACGUGGAGCGGGUCCGGGGUAACUCAGUCUUUCUGCACAUCUCAAAGCUCCAGAUGAAGGAUUCUGGCGAGUACGAGUGUCACACACCCAACACUGAUGGAAAAUAUUAUGGGAGUUACAGUGCGAAGACUAAUCUAGUUGUCAUUCCAGACACCCUCUCUGCUGCCAUGUCUGUUCAGACCCUCAGUAAGGACGAAGGUGAGCCAUUGCAACUUACCUGUGAGGCAUCCAAAGCCACAGCUCAACAUACCCACCUCUCCGUGACCUGGUACCUGAUGCAGGAUGGAGAAAGAAGCCAAGCCAGCAGGAUCAUUUCCCUCUCCAAAGACUUUGUGUUGAUCCCUGGGUCCUCAUAUGCAGAGAGGUUUGUAGCCGGUGACGUGCGGCUUGACAAGCUUGGGGUCACCACCUUCAGGCUGUCCAUAGCGAGGCUCCAGCCCACAGAUCAAGGCCAGCUGUUCUGUGAGGCAACUGAGUGGAUUCAGGAUCCGGAUGAGACCUGGACUUCCAUCACGAAGAAGCAGACAGGUCAAACCACUCUGAGGGUCCGGCCAGCAGUGAGAGAUUUUCAAGUCAACAUUACGGCUGAGAGCACGAUUCCCGAAGGAAAGCCCUUAGAACGGGUUUGCCUGGUCAUGGGCGGUGGCCAGGACGCACAGUUUCAGGGAGCUUGGUUCUUCAAUGAUGUCGAAGUGGCCCACAUUGAUGCGGGUGGAGUUCUGAGUCUGAAGAACGGCUAUCAAGAAAGAGCAAGUCAAGGGCAGCUCCAGGUUUCAAAGUUAAGCCCCAAGGCUUUCUCGCUCAAGAUCUUCUCUGCAGGCCCAGAGGAUGAGGGUGCCUACAGAUGUGCCGUGGCAGAGGUGACAAGAGCUCAGAUGGGUUCCUGGCAGGUGCUUCAGAGAAGACAGUCCCCAGACAGCUAUGUGCGCCUGAGGAAGUCAGCAGCAAGACAUGUAGUUGUGUCUACCAAGGACCAGCAGCCAGCCGUGUGGGAAGGGGAGGCGUUAACCCUUCUCUGCAAGGUAGAUGGAGCGGAAAGUCUCCUGUCUGUGACCUGGUGGCACGCCCCACAGGGCCAGACGCAGCUGGAGUUUGUGGCUGGCAUGGAGCAGGAUGGCACUGUCCAGCUGGGCACCUCCUUUGCGGACCUCGAGAUGCACAGCAACAUGAGGCUGGAGAAAAUGGACUGGGCCACCUUUCAGCUGGAGAUCACCUCCGCCACCAUCAGGGACAGUGGCACAUAUGAGUGCAGAGUGUCUGAGAGGCCCCGUUCCCAGGCCAGAGAUCUUAGUUGGACCCAGCAGGUGUCAGUCACCGUAAAACCUCUGAAGUCAAGUUUACAUGUUAGUCUGAUGAGCCGUCAACCACAAGUGAAAUUAACCAGCACCUUUGACCUGUCCUGCAUAGUGAGCGCGGGCUACUCUGACCUCAAGGUUCCACUCACCGUGACGUGGCAGUUCCGGCCAGCUAGGUCUUCAGCCUUUGAUCUGCUUGUUCGAAUCACCCAUAAUGGCACCAUUGAAUGGGGGGACUUCCUACCGCAGUUCCAAAAGAAGACAAAAGUUUCACAGUCUUUGUUUCGUUCUCAACUCCUAGUCCAUGAUGCCACUGAGGAAGAAGCCGGAGUUUAUCAGUGUAAAGCUGAAGUUUAUGACAGACGUUUCUUAUACACAAACAGUCCUGUGAGGGCUUCUGCCACCUCUCAUCCGCUAAGGAUAGCCAUCACUUUACCAGAGAGCAAGCUGAAGGUGAAUUCAAGCAGUCAAGUCCACGAGAUCUCUAUCAACUCCAACACUGACAUAGGAUGUAGCAUCUUAUCCCAGUCCACCGGGGACCUUCAGUUGGCUGUUAUUUGGUACUUCUCUCCCACCUCCACGGAUGCACACUGGUUGAGGAUCCUGGAAAUGGACCGAACCAAUGUUGUAAAAUACGGGGAUGAAUUUCAGACCACACGUAGAAAGCAAAAAUUCCACGCCCGGAAAACUUCCAAAGACUUGUUUCAGCUACACAUUCUGGAUGUGGAAGACGGUGAUCAGGGCAUCUAUUACUGCACUGUGGAGGAAUGGCUCCAGACUGCAAACGGCUCUUGGCACAAGCUUGGAGAGAAGACGUCAGGUCCAAUGGAAUUGAAACUCAGGCCCACAGGAAGUGAGAUACACAUCUCCCAAGUGUCCCAGACAGAAAAUGCUACAGAACACAGCCAGGUGGCCAUCCACUGCAGCCUGGAGAGUGUCGGCAGCCCAGCCUCCCUGUUCUCUGUGACGUGGUACCGGGAGAGAAGAAACUCUGGAGGCAAAAUGCUGGUGCACCUGCAGCACGACGGCUUGCUGGAGUACGGGGAAGAGAGCCUGGGGGGGCGCCUGCACUGCUCCCGCGCAUCCCCUACAGACUUUGUCCUGAAGCUUCACCAGGUGGAGAUGGAGGAUGCCGGGACGUACUGGUGCAGGGUGGCAGAGUGGCGGCUACAUGGCGACCCCAGCAAGUGGGUCAACCAGGCCUCGAAUGAGUCGCAGCGCAUGGUGCUCACGGUGCUGCCUUCAGCACCCACAUUGCCUUCCAGGAUCUGCUCGUCGGCCCCUUUCCUCUAUUUCCUAUUCAUCCUCCCCUUCCUGAUGCUCCUCCUUCUGCUCCUCUCCCUCCUCUGCCUGUACCGCAAGGCCAAGAAGGUGUCCGCUCUGCGUCUAAAUGCACAGAAAGAAAAGGCCCUCUGGGUGCCCUUGAAAGGGGCUGGAGGCAGGACCCCACACGGGAUGGCAGAGGAUGAAGCCUGUUAAAUCCCGAGAGAUGCCGGCAGCCCCACGGAAAGUGUGCGGGCUCUGGAAUGGGACUGACCAGCCUGUGAGCGCCCUCUGGCUCUGUCCUUCUUGGAGCCUGUGGCCUGAGGCAAGUGACCCAGGGCUCAGCGGGAAUGUUUCCGGAGCGCGUUUGUGGUGCCAAGCCCUGUUCCAUGUCUCUUUGCCUGUCACCUCAGCUACCCCUUGCAUCCCCCUAAGGAGCGAGGAGCUGGCACCUCACCCCGUUUACACUGUCACAUCUCCCCCUCUAUAAGAUCUCACGGAACCCCUCGCACAGCCACUGGGGGUUCAGUGAGCUCUCAGGGCAGAGCCCAGGGCGAGCCUGCCCUCUGUCCUCCUCCUAGGUCACCGAUUCCCAGAAGAACCCCCAGUGGUCUGGCCACACUGGCUCUAGGGGACCUUGUGCCUUCAGAUAAGAGGCGGAGGAAAGGCCCUGAUGUCAGCACUUGGGAAUCUGCCCUUCAUUGACGUCCAGUCUGCCUCCCGCCACUGGACUCUGACUUCCUUGGAGGCAAAAACCUCCCUUUCUCUCCCGCCGCAUCUCCAUUCCAUCUCUAAAUGCCACUCCAGAGCGAGCCCUGCAUGGCAGGUGCUUGAUCAAUAUUGGUUCUUUAUUUUUAUUUUUUGUCUUUUUUUGAGGGCCAUACCCCAGACACAUAGACAUUCCCAGGCUAGGGGUCUAAUGGGAGCUACAGCUGUCAGCCUACACGACAGCCACAGCAACACCAGAUUCUUAACCCACGAAGCGAGGCCAGGGAUCAAACCUACCUCCUCAUGGAUCCUAGUUGGGUUCAUUACUGCUGAGCCAUGACGGGAACACCCAAUAUUGGUUCUUGAAUGAAGUGGUGAAGCAUUUUGUAGCCUGAGUUUCUUUCUUUCUUCUUCUUCUUUUCUCCAUAAGACUUGUUAAGUCCUUGCCAAGGAAAAACUUUCUUGAAAACAUGUUGCCACAGCACUCCGGUCAGCUCCCUAAGGCCUCACAUGUCCCGUUCCUACCCCCACCGGAGAUCCAGCUGGCUCCUGUUCUUCUUGGCCAAGGCCUUCUUUUCCCUGACAUGACAGCACUGGGCCACAGGAAAGGGUGCUGUGGGAGUUAUCUGAGAGCUGAGGGAUCAACAGUGCCACCGUCCCAUCCCUCUCUGGCAGGGGCUAGGCUUCCAGGAGGAAGAAUGGGUCAAAUCCGGUUCCCAGGCUCCUCUGUUUUCAGCCAGGCAGAGUCAGGGCCGGGGGUGGGGAGUGUCACGGUUGAAGGCUUUUAUCAGCUGUCCCCUGGGAGAUAACAAUUGUCCCCACCGGGCCUGAGGUCCCCUCACCUUUGUUUCAAAACUCCUUGGGCUUGGUUGUGGCUAGAAUUGGAAAUCAAUCACUGCCGUCAAACAGACUUGAGAAAACACAUCUAUUUAUUAUCUAUGUGACCAACAGGGUUGCGUUAACCCUCCGUAAUUUGCAUUUCCAAGGAGAGCAAUUUAUUUUUAAUUAUUUUAUCAGGCGCACACACGUCCUCUCCAAACAUAAUUAGUUCCUUUGCAAGGGGAUUAUUGGUGGCUGUGAGAACUCCCACUGCACACCUGCUAGUUCCUUAAAUUCAUUUCCCUUCGCAGCCUUGUUUGAAAUACUCCAAAUGUUUUCUCAAGCAGGUCAGUGCAUUCAUGCUUCUAUCUCAGGUAAGGCAGUGUAUUUUUCCGAAAACAAAGCUCAUGUUAAGACUUCUUAGAAAGUAUGAUACUCCCUGUUUUCCCCAGAAACCUGUGUUUUAACAGGAUGUUGAAGGGAAAGAGAGUGGAAUUGAGCCCCAUCAGAGAAUCAAUAGAUUCUGCUGUUGCCCCCAGCCACUGUUCUCCCUUUUUGCCUGGAUAUUGCCUUUCAGCUCUUUUUUUUUUUUUUUUUUUUUUGGCUUUUUAGGGCCGCACCUGUGGCAUAUGGAGGUUCCCAGGCUAGGGGUCCAAUCCGAGCCACAGCUGCCAGCCUACACCACAGCCACGGUAACUCUGGAUUCAAUCUGCAUCAGUGACCUACACCACAGCUAAAGGCAACACCAGAUCCUUAACCCACUGAGCGAGGCCAGGGAUCAAACCCACAUCCUCGUGGAUGCUCGUCCAGUUCAUUAACCGCUGAGCCACUGUGGGUACUCCCGCCUUUCACCGCUUAGCUCAAACACCGGUUUUUCACAUUUGGACUCAGCACAGAGAUGGCACAGAACUGAUGCUGAAAUAUCCCCCCUGCUCCACCCCAAGCAGAGCAUGGCUUUGAUUCCUCCCCAGGCAGCACGUCCUGUGUGUCUGGCAUGGGGAUGCGUGCGAGCAGAUGCAGCUCCACGCACCUGGGACCAUCUUGUUUGUUGCGGAUGCUCUGCUUUCAUUAAUAGGAACUGGAGCCCAUUGGAUUCGCUAAGAAGUCACAUCACACUGAUUGACGCAUAGUAGUUUCUAAGUACCUAAAACCCCAGGGUCUCUUUAUCUUUCUGAGCUUCUUUAGAAUAAAAAAAAUUUUUUUCCAAUUCAGACAUUUUACAUGACACCCCUUCUCUCUCUGACUGUGCUCCUGAUCAUGUUAGUUUUCCAGACUUCACAGAGAACUUUACUUUUCAGUCAUUGGUUUCAACUUUUCUUUUCUCCAUUACCACCUGGUUUUGCUUUCAGCUCCUUGUGUUAGUAAUCUUCCUUGGCAACAGGACAAACCUCUCUCUCGGGAGCUGGCUAUAAAAGCCCACAGGCCAAAGGCAGCCCACCACCUGUUUUUUAAGUGCAAUUUGUUGGAAUCUAGGAUCUCCCAUUUGUCUACCUAUUAUCUAUGGCUGCUGUCAUGAUACAAUGGCUGAGUUGAAUAGUUGCCACAACUGUAUAACCUGCAAAACCUAAAAUGUUUACCCCCUGGCCCUUCACAGGACAAGUGUGCCACUCCCUGCUCUCUCUCAGUGACUAGUGUUUUGUCUUAAUCAUGUCUUAUGUUCCUGGGAAACUUGAUUUGACCUGUUACAUCCAUAUGUUUAUAUCCGAUGACUUUAAUAAAUAAUCUUAGGCUCUCCA